AUGAGGAUUAUCAGUCAGUCGACCCUUCUGGCUGUAGUUGUAGUUACACUCACUGUGGUGUCCUUCGCUGAAGCUAAAACUACACAGAAGCCAAAGUACCAGUACACCAAGAAGCCCGUCCCUCAGAUCACCGUUCACAACCCUGUGACCACCAGCAUGCCCAAGACUCACAAGAUAGUGCCGAGUGCAAAACCUGUGGUGCCCCAUCCAAUGCCCACCACAGAGAGGACCACCUAUCCGAGCCACAUCUUUCCACAGUACUACACAGAGAGCCCUGAGGCCCCCGGUGUUGGCCCAGAGAACUACACCCUAGAUUAUAAUGAGUGUUACUUUAACUUCUGUGAGUGCUGUCCACCUGAGAGAGGCCCCAGGGGGCCAAAGGGAGACAGAGGCCUGGCAGGGCCACCAGGUGAAAGAGGCUUUACAGGGCCAGCUGGUUUACCUGGACAACCUGGAGUGAGUGGUCCUAUGGGGUUGAAAGGAGAUAAAGGGGAGAAAGGUGACAGAGGUGGCAGUGGGAUAGCUGGGUCACCAGGAGUCCCAGGGAAACCAGGACAAAAAGGUGAAGUGGGCUCAAAAGGUGAGAAAGGUGAAAUAGGUUUGCAAGGUGUCAAAGGUGGUAUUGGGGAGAAAGGGGAACCUGGCCAGAAUGGAACUGCUGGUGAGAAAGGAGAACCGGGAAAAGAAGGGCCAGCUGGACCUCCAGGAUUGGCUGUUGAAUUAGGUCCUAAGGGGGAUAAGGGGGAUAAGGGGGAGUGUGGCACAUUUGGAGAGAGAGGACAAAAAGGUGAGCGAGGGGAUUCUGGGCCUCCUGGCAUCCCAGGAGCAAUGGGCAUUCCAGGAAUAAAUGGAAAGCAUGGUGCCCCAGGUCCUAUAGGCGUCCGAGGUGAUCCGGGCCCUACUGGACAACAAGGAGAACCAGGGGUUAGAGGAUCUCAGGGACCACAGGGCAUAAGAGGGGUGAUGGGGCCAAAAGGGGACCGGGGUUACCCUGGGAUGAGAGGUGAGCGGGGCUUUCGUGGAUUCAAAGGAGCUAAAGGAUCAGGGGUUCCCCAGAAACGCUCAGCCUUCAGUGUAGGUAUCUCUCCGAGAAAGUCCUUCCCUCCUUCUGGCUUCCCGAUCCGCUUUGACAAAGUCUUCUACAACGAAGAGAACCACUUCAAUGUCACUUCCAACAGCUUCACAUGCGUCCACGCUGGGGUUUACGUCUUCUCCUUCCACAUCACCGUACGCAAUCAGCCUCUGCGAGCCACACUGGUGGUGAACGGGUCACGACGGGUAAGGACACGGGACUCUCUGUACGGUCAAGACAUCGAUCAGGCAUCCACUCUGGUGGUGCUGCGACUGGCAGUGGGUGAUCAGGUGUGGAUGGAGACAUUCAGAGACUGGAAUGGGGCGUAUGCCAGCAGUGAGGAUGACAGCAUCUUCUCUGGAUUCCUGCUUUACUCAGACAACGCUUGA